UACCGCCAGCGAGCUAUGUUCAGGUUCUGGGAUUCACAGGAACAACAAGCUCAUCCACGCCCACUAGAGGGUUCUUCACAUUCUAGGUAUCCUCCUCCUGGUGUUAGCUCCCCUAAUUCUUCCCGGCCUUCGACACCGAGUACCAGUGCUUCUAGCAGCUUCAACAUACAGAAACCUGCAGAAAGGCCACAUUCUCCCUCACAAAUUUCACCUUCUGAAGCUGCAAGAAUCAUUGCUCAUUUGAGGGACAAAAGUGUUGAUGAAUUACGGAAGCUUUUGUCUGACAAGGCUGUAUACAAUCAGUUCCUGCUAUCUGUUGACCAGGUUAAAAUUCAAAACAAUAUAAGAGAUGAACUUCGGAAGGAGACUUUGCAGCUUGCUAGGAACAAUUUGGAUAAAGAACCACAAAUAGUGGAGCUAAGAAAUCAAUGUGGAAUUAUCCGUACAACAGAACUCGCAGCAGCCCUGGAGAAACUAAACGAUCUCGAGAGGCAGAAAGAAGAAAUCCUGAAGUUCUACCCCCCUGCAUCAUUUAUCAACAGGCUUCAAGAUGCGACGAACAAGACGGACAAGGAAUCAGAUGCAGUGCACAGGCAGCUCCUUGAGAAGGAGAUAGAUAUAGGGACUUUCAUGCAGAAGUACAAGAAGCUCCGAACUAGUUACCAUCGCCGUGCUCUAACCCACUUUGCGGCUAAAUCGUCUCCUAUAGCUUGAU